AUGCUUAUGCAGUUAAAAAAACUAAGAGUAUAUAAAAGAAUACUCAAGUUCGAAAAACGUAGCGGAUUCUUAUCAAUCGGUGUGCCAAGCCUAUUCGUCCUAUUUGGUGUACUCGUAGCCGGUACCGUCAUAGUAGACAAACAACUAGAGUGUAAAUACGCACGAGCAAGUAGCAUAUCUAAAAGAGAAUUAACCUUAAAAGAAGAACAUGAUGAAAUGCAAAAGAUGCUUGCAAAAGUUACGCCAGUAGACAAAUUAGACAACUCUAUACCGCUGCCUAAAACAGAUGACUAA